AUGGCAUUGCAGAACAGUUGUGAAAGAAUAUUUACAGGAAAUUGUGCAACUAGUCAUUCUGUGAUUACGUUUGACCACGUCUGCAACCGCGAGCAGCCCUUUUUCGUCAGGUCGCAUGGCUGGUUUUCAUGCGACCCCUACCUCACUCAAACUCGAUGUGGUUUGCCAUGUCGACCGCUUUUGGUUGGCGACUUCUGCCUCGUUAUUAUUCCAUCCGAGAUCGCCAGGUCCCUUUCACCCAUCUCGCAAGUGAAUUCCACCUCUAGUAGCUGCAUAGGCAAGGCACCUCCGCUUACUGAGCGAAUGAAUGAGAACUUUUGGAGUUCAACGAGUCCAAUCUCCCAAAAGUGA